AUGGGUAUCGACAUUUGUCACAAACAUGACAGGAAGGUUCACCGUAAGGAACCCAAGACUGACGAUAUUUACUUACGAUAUUUAGUCAAGUUGUACAAAUUUUUGGCAAGAAGGACAAAUGCCAAAUUCAAUCAAAUUGUCUUCAAGCGUCUGAUCAUGAGUCGAGCACCAACAAGCCACCUCUCUCUCUGUCAAGAUUGUCACGCCACAUGA